UCAGUCAUCAGUCAACACUCGGAGAGUCCAACGCAACAACCGAACCGCUGAAUGCCCUAAAUUUGAGGUUAUGUCGCGUUAUGACAAAUUCUGUCCACCGUGAAGAGUCCACCGCCGUCAUCGCCGUCAUCGACAGCGCAAUGUCCCGCGAUCGUGUCAAAUAUCAGCCGCUCAAUUCCCGGUCCAAACCGUGGAUCGUGGCCCACUCGCUGUUCUCGAACAGCUUCGUCCGGAAGUGGGGCUUUCUGUGCAUUGUGCUGUGCUGUCUGUUGGGCUUUCUGUUCUAUCAGCGGGUUCUGUACCAAGAGUACAUCUACCAUACGUUGCCGCUGUUCCAGCGCAGCGUCAAGCUGGAGUUGGCCGUGGGGAAGGAACCGGUUCAGCCGGACCGCUGGAAACCGAUUGGGGAUCCCCAGCUGAGAUAUCAGAUGUUCUCGGCCUACUUUGAUCCGAGGUUGGAGAUAGUGGAGGGUCUUCCUACGAGCAACAACGGAAGGCUUCCGAUUGGUAGCGUCAGAGUUUUCGCGGUUUUACCUUUGAAGAUUCGUCAGAUGGAAGUGUUCUGCCAUUUUCGAUACGCUGAAGGUGAGGUCGUCCGCAAACGAGCAGACUUGGUGGAAGCGGUUCACGAGAAUUUCGACAUGCCCUUCUCGGCUACAUCGGUGGUGUGCAAGCUUACAGGGGACAAGUCCCAGCUUAAAAUCCAGCUCCCUUACGAAGUUGGCCUGAGCUACAACUUUGAGCCAAGCAUGAUUGAUGCGACCAGCUUCGUCCAAAUCCACUAUCCCCGGGGCAACCUCCUGCUCCGGAUGAACCCGAGCCGGGAUUUGGCAGUUUGCGUCGGGCCGGUACAUUCCAAUUAUAGCAACGCGGCCCGGAUUGUGGAAUUUGUCGAGUACUGGCGGCUGCUCGGGGCCGAACGGUUCUAUUUGUACAAUAAAUCUGUCACGGAGGACGUGAGCCGGGUGCUGGGACACUAUCGGGAGCGGGGGAUUGCCGAAGUGCUCGAGUGGAAUCUUGAAGGUUACAAAUUUGAGCAAGAGCUCCGCUACGAGGGCAUCUUCGCCGCUCUGAACGACUGCCUGUACCGCUCCACCCUGGUCGGGGACUUUCACUUCACGGCCAUGGUCGACCUGGACGAGUUCCUACUACCCCUAGAGUCCGCCUUCGACGGUGAAAACCUCGUCCAAUUCCUCCACCGCCGGGACCGCUUCGACGUGCACUCGUUCAACUUCGCGGCCGUUUUCUUCUACGGCUUUUACGAGGAGGACUUUUCGCGGGUUCCCCGCGGGGCCAACAACACCUACCUGUACACGCAGGUCCGCACCGUGCGCACCAAGGAACCGCUGAUGCAUCACAACCGAAGCAAAUACGUGGCCAGCGGACGCACCGUCAUCGAGGCGGGCAACCACUUUGUGUGGCGGGCUUUACGAGAUACCAAAGAGUUGCGGAUUACGGAGCAGGAAGGUUUGCUGUUCCACUACCGGGACCGGUGCGUAGGUUAUGGCUGUGAAACGUUCGUCGAGGACAGUCGUGCCCGCCGCUACGAAGGAAAGAUCUGGCGGGCAGUUGAAAGCACGUGUCGACAGAUCUUUCCCCAAUAUGGCGGACAGUGCCCGCUCGGGAAGGAAAACAACUAGAGAGCUUCCAUCAGUUACGUUUAUUGCUACCAAUUUCUUACGGGAUUAUAAAUAGAUUUACUUCCUUACGAACUAAGCUAGAUUAAGUUGUAUACUUAAAACGAGAAAUACACUUUCUGGUUCUGUAUGUUA